AUGAAUCGAGAAGAGCACUACUAUUCUCCCGCGCAGCUGUUCAAGGACUCCUGCGCCUACCAGAGACCCCACAGCGAGGACUACAGCCACAGCCCUCCGCCCUGUCUUUACAUGGGCCGGCAGGCUCAGUCAGUCUACUCCUCGCCCUCCAUUGGAGUGCUAGACCAGGCGAGUCUCCCUGACAUUGCUCCGUACAGUAUUCCCAUGCGAGAGGACCCGGGUGUGCCGCAGCUCCACCACCCCCAGGCGCCCCAACAGACUCUCCAGCCAGGGGGUUACGAAGACCCGGGGGGGCUGGCUCUCUGUGCGGAUAGGAACAGAUACCACCUGCCUUUCCCCUGGAUGAAAACCACCAAGUCUCACGCGCACAUCUGGAAGGGACAGUGGGCAGGUAACUCACUGCAGUCACCUUGGCAAUGUUCUCAUAGUUCUCAUUACCGCAAUGCUUCAAAGAAAGGAAUUAAUCUAUGGCCUCUCAAGGAAUCUUUACGCACACACUUGUAGGAAUAUUGCAGCCCUUUCUUUUAUAGUAGGCCUAUCGAAAUGGAUUCGUUUGAACACUUAGUUUGAACACACUCUUUUAUACUGUACAAAUAUUAGACAAGUAAAUCUAUUUGAUUUUAAAGACAAUAUUUCAACAAAAGUAUUUAUUCAAUAGUUAACAAUUGAACAUUCAGAAGUUUCCUUUUGUUAAUAGCAAGGGAGUGAGUGUUAUGUAUAGGGAAUUCAGCAAAAAUUACACUGAACAUGAAUUAUAAUUCAAAAGGUAUUUAGCCUAACUCUCGCAUUCAUUAUACCAUUUCGCUGCUUUGUCUGUUGGCUAGCUAUGCCACCGCUGUGAAUAUAGGCCUUAGGAAUGAUCAAACGUUAAUCAUGAUAAACGUUCAUGAAGUUUGAAUAGACCCAGGCUUUUGUGCACUUAUAAGGACUUAGAUUACAUCAUGAUGUCUACAAUAUACAGAAUGUCGUGGGUGGAUGUCAGUUUACCUUGUCAAUCCAUCUGUAAAGGACCUGUGUUCCCCUCAUACAAACCACAAUGUUUUGUACUCCUCUGAAGGUGUGCCUCCUGUCUCAAGUACCAAGUUGCGAUUCACUUCAAAUAUGUGAACAUUUCAGUUGUGGCUAUUUAUUUGUUAAUGAUUUCCUAAUGGCAGGUAUGAUCCAUAUAGGCCUUCAUGAAAAAUGUUUCGUAUUACAUAUAUAAUAAUAUGCCAUUUAGCAGACGCUUUUAUCCAAAGCGACUUACAGUCAUGUGCGUAUACAUUUUUACGUAUGGGUGGUCCCGGCGAUCGAACCCACUACCCUGGCGUUACAAGCGCCAUGCUCUACCAAUCGAGCUACAGAGGACCACAUAUGACCGUGUCUUACAAUAACCUUAGUUAUCUCAAUAUAUUUGUUAAUGUAAAAUAUAUUAAAGGGUAUAUAAUUAACCUGGAGUGUUAAGGGAAAGCAGAAAAUAAUGAAUAAACUCUUCUUCCUAAAAGUAUUUUCUGUUGCGGCCAUUUUAAGUCAACUCGGUUCAGCGUGUCAAUGGGAGCCUUUUACGAUUAUUAUUAUUUUUUGGCUAAAAUAAUUUUUUUAAACAAGUUUUCAAACCACUCACACAGCUUGCGUUGGUUUCAAUUACACGAAAUAUAAAGGUAAUGUAUGUUACUAUGUAUUGAAUUAGUUAAAUAAAUUGAGGGUAACAACAAGUGGAAAAGUUGAUAAGUCUCAAGCAGAAUCAGUUAUUCUCAAUUAUUGCGUAGGCCUAUAGACAAUUAUUAUCUCAACUCAACAUUCAUCAAAGAUGAUCUAAAAAAUAUUGUUUGUAGGCCUGUUAAUGAGACAAUUAUGAUAGACAUGUGUUAAUUAUUAUAACUCCAUUAGGCGAUAUGUGUUUUUAUUAUUUAUUACUGAAGAAAAUCAUGUAAUUUUACAAGCGAUUAACUUUUAAAAAACUAAUUUCGAUAAAAUGUUAUGUCAGUAAAAAUAUUUUCUUCAACGGACAAACGCAACCACUGCAAAAAUGAGCCUACUCUAAAACUAAUAAUGAAGCAGAUCAACUAUUGAAUAGAAUAUAUUUUAAUUGUUUAUCUAUUUUUAAAUCAAAGACUUCACCAAUAUAUCUGAACGAAAGUUUAACAAUUGAGCUAUAAUUUCAUAAUUCAAAACACAAAUUAAUUGUAGUGGUAAUAGUGGGGAAAGUAUAAGGGUGUACCUUCAUCAUGUAGGCCUAUACCUUCAUUUAAAAUAAAAGUGAUUAAUUGAAAUAAACUUUUCACGGACUGUCUCUAAAUUGACUUGCUUUUCCAGGCUGUGAUUUUGCCUAAUAAACAGUUCAAGUUAGUGAAACCUUUUCAGGUGAAAUUGAUGUAAAAUAUAGACUAGUACUAGAGAUUACACGCAUUAUAAACGAUUUUCAACUAUUGUUGGUUUUCGUCAACUUCCGAAACCCACAGUAAUCAAAAUGUAGCUAUAUACCUAUUCCUUAUUAUUAGUAUUUAAUAGUAAUUUUCAAACCAAUUUAUUGAUCCAUUUGUGAGUGUUUGUGAUAAAUGUGCAGUUAUGUGAAAUUCAAUGUGCUGUGGUGGCCCACAUUGAUUUGAUAGUGAUUUGUCUAAUUUCAGGUUUGUGUUCUGCACAGAAUAUAUGAUGCCUCACAUAGAAACGUUCCAUCUAUGUUAGUAUAGUAUAUUUAUUACUAAAACUGUACUGGCAUCUGUGAGAGUUGGCCUGUGACUUACAUGAUGUACUGUUUGUUUCACUUAUCAUCAGUUACCUAAUAGUGUUGUUUCUAUCCAGUCUUUGGUUGUCAGUGUGUGAGCUGACCGUGUUCAGCCAAUGUGCUGCUGUGUGUGAUUCAGCUAGGUAGACUGGUGUCAGAAAUGGUGAGGCAUUGCCAAUUUCACCUAGAUUGCGGCUUUGCUGGGAUUUUGACUGUGGCAGGGUACAAUGUUUAGUUCACCUCUCCCCCUUACCUCUCUCCCCUCUGCCUCUCCCUCUUUCUCUAUGUCUCCCACCCCCCUCCCUCCCCAUCCUCCGCCACCCUCCUCAGGCCCCUACAUGGUGGAGGCGGAGGAGAACAAGCGGACAAGGACGGCCUACACGCGGGCCCAGCUCCUGGAGCUGGAGAAGGAGUUCCUGUUCAACAAGUACAUCAGCAGACCACGGCGUGUAGAGCUGGCCCUCACCCUCAGCCUCACGGAGAGACACAUCAAGAUCUGGUUCCAGAACCGACGGAUGAAGUGGAAGAAGGAGGAGGACAAGAAGAGAGUGAGGGGGGUCGACCCCGAGCAGGACUCGUCCAUUACGUCAGGAGACCUGAAGGAUGAGGCAGGGGUGGGGGUCGGGGGGGCAGGGACUCCCACACUGGCACCUCCCACCACCACUACACCGCCCUCGCCCUUACAAGCCCCCUCCCUGUCAGGUUCUAGAGACUCGGCCUAG